UUUUCUCAUCCUUCAUUAUCUCCCAUAAUAAUACUACUAAUACAUAUAUAUUUCUCUGUAUACAAAUAACAACCAAUUAACUCAAAAUGGCUUCAAACAAAUUCCUUCUUCUUGCCCUUGUGUUUGCUACUGUGCUCCUCAUCACCUCCGAAAUCGUUGCUUCUAAGGACUUGGCCUCCAACCAUGAAAAUAAUGAGGUAGAAGAUGCCAAAUAUGGCCGUGAUAAUGGUUACUACAAUGGCGGACGUGGAGGGUACAACAAUGGUGGAGGGUACAACAACGGUGGAGGUUACAACAAUGGUGGCGGAUACAACAAUGGUGGCGGUCAUGGAGGGUACAACAAUGGUGGCGGUCGUGGAGGGUACAACAACGGCGGUGGUCGUGGAGGGUACAACAACGGUGGUGGCCGUGGAGGAAAUUAUUGCAGAUACGGAUGCUGUGGUGGUGGACGUUACUACAGCCGUGGAUGCAGGUGCUGCAGCACUUUGGCUGAGGCAACUGCUUAUAAACAAGCUAAUGAUCACAACUGAUCUCUCGAUCGAUGAUCUCUUGGCAUUAUUGUGAUCGAGCUAGCUAUACCGCUUUAUAUAUAUGUACUACUGCCUUUUGUGCUUUGUAUUCUACAGUAUAUGAGUUGUCGUGUACGUACCAUAUGCAUAGCUUCAUUUGACUGAAGCACGCAUGCAUCUUGAUGUUUUUAAUAAUAAUGAAAACUUUCGAUGGUGUUUAAAUAA